CAUCAAAUGUAGUUGUAAAUGGUAACCAUUCCCAACUACGACGGUAGCCGUCACUAGCGCCUGUUCCAGUUGUCCCUCUCUUUUCGCCAUAUCGUGGCAGGGUCUUGGCCCACCUACAUUCCUUACAAAAUUCAAGCUGUGAUCGUUCAGCGUUCCUACUGUAACAGUGCAUAAUCCGCCAAUGCAUUCUGAAUUUCGUCGCAUACCUGCUGAGCGGGUACGGCACGCAAAACGGCUGGGUCAUGUUCAGCCUGUAAACAACCCGUUUGCGUCUCCUCUCGUGUUCGCUAAAGAUGCCACAAAUUCUACCACCACCACUCAAAGUACUACCGCCAAAACAACCGUAACAUCAUCUACCACACCUGUUGCAGUAUCCUCGACAGCGAAGACUAGUUCUUCACAGUCGUCUGCAACUCUUGCUACCUCCUCGCAGACGUUGACGUCUUUGCAGUCCACUCUCACUACAUCCUCUACAACCACCUCGUCUACGAGUAGCCCCGCUGCCAAGGGACUAACUACUAGUCUCUCGCAAUCCACGUCCCAAUCUGUGGUUCUCGUUACCACCACUCCCACUCCAACAGCCACCGCUAUCAAUAAUGUCAGUAGCGCUUCAAGCCAGACUCUUUCUGGCGGCGCACUUGGUGGUAUUAUCGCAGCCUCUGUAGUGGUCGCCCUGGCUCUGGUUAUAUUCAUCGUUCGCAAGACGUAUCUCCGCCGCAGGGAGAACCGUCGCCUUUCUUGGCCUGCUGGCAACGUCUUCAACGACAAUGUCUUCAACGAGACCAAGCCACUUCCUCCAGCUCCCGUUGACGACUUCUCUGAAAAGCCUGUUUCGGUGAGGAAUUCACCAAUGUCGCCUUUUGAGGCGCAUGGGCAGUCACUGUACACGAGCCCUCCGCAACCCCCGAUUCAAAGGAUGCAGAGUCCAUUCACGGGGUACGCAGGCCCAGCCCCGCCUGCCGCUUCGUAUAACAACCCGAUGCCCAUGUAUUCCCAACCACCGCCCUCUCUAAGCCCUGGAAACUCUGCUGUUGCCAUGGCACGUGCAGCAGCAGGCGCCAACUCGUACCCUUCUAGUACCCCUGCUCCAACACCUCCACCCAGAUUUCCGACUGCCUCUGAGGCAGUUGUCAACCGCGCGUUCAUCCCCACGCUUCCCGACGAGCUCUCAGUCACAGCGGGCGAGCGUAUUCUUGUGCUUGCUCAGUAUGACGACGCAUGGGCGCUCUGUGCGAAUGGGCGUGGUGAACAAGGCAUGGUUCCCCAGGAGUGCCUAGAUCGACCUGUCGCAUAUAAUCAGGGAGACUGGCGGAACGCUAGGCGUACUAGCAGUCUGGCUUCUGAUGGCAGACACUUUUAACUUUGAUGUCGUUCGUGAGCUGGACCGCAGGGUCGGACCAGUGCAUCACCAUAUGUUUAACUUUAUUUAUUUAGAUACCUCGCAUCUCGCAGCGAUAUUCCAGCGACCACACUUUUCUACUACGUUUUGUUUUUCGUUCUUAUGAUAUGCACAUCUCGAAUUAUCCGGUACGGUUUGGGGGUGGGGGUGCGGAUGAUUUGUUGUUGAGUACUCCGUAUCAUCCCUCUGGCUCGAGCGUUAUCUCAUAAAAUUAUAUGGACG